AUGACUUGGACCGAGGACUUGACCGCCGAAGCCGGAAAACAAAUCAGCAAGAGUCUUCCGAGGCUAAAGCAUCUGGAAUUUCCAUUUGCGGCGGACACCACGGCGGGCUCACAACAGCUGGGCGAGUUCCUCUCUCACUUGAAUACAGACCAGCUUGAUUGCUUCGAGUGCGGAGUCGGGGCAGUGCAUGCCCCCGUGUUUAGAGCCAUUGCUAAGCAGACAGAACUACGGCGUUUGGAGUUCCGCCUAUUCGAGAUCCCGCCCACCGAUUUGCUUCUGCUGAGUCCGCUCACAAACUUGACAUCGCUGACUCUGAAGUUCAACUCCUUUACGCCUAGCUCGCGGCUGCGAGAGAAGUAUGAGCUAUGGGCCAGAGAGAAACGUAGGCAUAUUUCGAAUUGGAUCACGUCUUGCAGAAGUCUGAAGCGCCUUCACCUCUUCCGCCUGCCGGACCUGAUCCCUGCCAUCGCGGACGCCCUCCCUCAUCUCCAACUCGAGAGGCUACACGUGUACGACACAGGCAACCAUUCCGAGUUCUACCAUGCACUUAAAACACAGAGAGAUCUUAAAUAUCUCUUCAUAGCGCAAAGGUCGACUGAUCCUCCUCCUAGGGAUCUCCGAUGCCGCAAGCUAGUCAUGGACGCAGUAUGUUCCAUGAAGGACCUGCGCGACUUGAGGCUCCACACAUCUUUCUCGCUCUAUUAUACACAGCUUCAAACACUGGCAUGCUGUCAGCCUAAUCUUGAAUUCCUUUCCUUCGUCCAAAGCGGAGUAGAACAGCCUGCUUGGGUCUUGAGAGCCCUGGAGCUUUUCGAGAAUCUUAAAAACCUGACCAUUCUGGGAAUGACGCGGUUCUCCGCACCAGAAAUUCUAGAGUGGAUUGAGAAGACCGGAUGUCAUCGUCGCCACGGAGGAUUCUUGCUGAGUUUGCCGUCUCAGGAGAAGGCCAGCUGGUACCGCGGCGUGCCGCCCGCCGAGCUUCCACCAAUGAGAACGGUUGGCAGAGACUCCUUUACCAGGCGCAUCAAGGAGCUGUUGAGAUUUUGUGCGGUGAAGGUUAGAGGCCCGGCAGAAACCGGGGAAUCAUGGCACGGAAACGAUUAUCUUGACUACGAGGAGUCCAUGUUCCACAACCUUUGGGGAGAUGCGAGAGGGCCAACUGCAGUGUCGAUAUGGAGAGGACGUGUUCAAGCGGAUCCUGAAACGAGUCUUCAUAUUGCUUGA